GCCACCAACAAACACACACAGACAGAGACACCUGUACACACACACAGACAUGUACAUACACACACAUACAGAAACAUGUACACACACGCACAGAGACACAUGUACACACACAUACAGACACAUGUAUACACACACAGGCACGUACAGACACACAGACACAUGUACAUACACACAGACACAUGUACAUACAUACACACACAUGUACACACAGACACAUGUACAUACAUACACAGAAACACACACACACAUGUACAUGCACACACACACAGACACAUGUACACAUACAUGUACAUACACGCAGAUACAUGUACAGAUACACACAUGUACAUACACACAGACACAUGUACACACACACACUCACAUCCCUAUAAAAAGUUGCAGUACUUCGUUGUUCACUCACAUAGCCAGGUACUGCACUCUAGGGGGAGGCAGAGAGCACAGCACACACUCCUUCCUCUGCUUUCACUGAGCUCAGCUAUUAAGCAGUCUGACAGUUCCCAGUGCCAGUGACAGAUCCAGCCUGAGCUCCGAGCCUGCUCAGCAAGAUGGCCCUGGGGGACACACUCGCCCCCACCAUAAUUUCCACUCACCACUGGCGAGCAGGCGAGUGGAAAUUUCAAG